AUUGCUUUUUCUCUACAUGGUACCCGGUUCUCAGAAACGCUCCUACCAUGUGGACAACUGGUCAAGUAUACAUCCUGCAGAUAGCCGAAGAAGUUUUAUCUAGAUAGCGGUCGUCGGAAAAAUGUGCGUAUCAGAUUUUGGCAGCAUGAUUUUAAGGACGAUUUUUGUGCUUGCUGUGGUCCAGUAUGUCAUGUGUGAAAAAAAUGGAUUUGGAGCGGAUUUUGGUGGAAAAAAUGACACUGAAAUUAGUGUUGAGAAUAUGCUGGAUGAUUUUGUGAGUGAUCUCGGAAAUUCUACGUUCGGUGAGAUUAUGAAUUUUUGGGAUGAUGAAGAGGAUGAGAGAGAGUCCAAGAGUUUGGAAGAAGGAAGAAAAAAGAAGCAAGAGAGCCUCAUAUCUCGACUUCUUCCCCUUUUGGUGAUGCCCUUCAUGAUGUCCACGAUGAUGCUUCCCAUGAUGCUCACCCAGAUGAAGGUGAUGCUCAUCCAGGCCAUUUUCCUGGGAAAGCUUGCCAUCAUUUUCGCCACUCUGAACAUCCUGAGGAACAUGGGGGACACUUCGGGACUCUACAGCCACAACGUCCACCUAAGGAGGCCAGUAGGUCAUGUCAUGGAUGACCCUGAACUCAGUAAAAGUCAUUAUGGGUAUACUGGGGAUGAAGAAUAUGGUGCUUAUGUGAAUAGAAGAAAGUGAUAAUGUCUAUGAUGGUGAUAUAAACUCUAGGGACUAUUUGGUGAUUUCUGUUAUUGUACAGAUUGAUUUGUCGAUUUGUGGAUCAUUUUUAAACGGGUAUCUAUAUUUGUGUGUUAGGAUGUAGGAGUUGAAAUUGUGUUUCUGUUUUAUUUAUUUUAAUAUAAUAUUUA